AUGCUUUUGGAGAAGAAGAAUGAAGAGUAUCGAAGAAUACAGUUGAAGCAAGUAAGCCGGCCACAAAGCACAGCAUCACAACCAAAAAGCAACACUACGUAUAUUAUUGGCUCUCAAAAUUCCACUAGACCAGUGAGUGCCUCGUCAGUGGUACUUCUUCGUCCUAAAAGCUCAUUAGCAAGAGCAAUCACACCGAUAGAUAACAAGCACUGGACUCUGAAAACACACGGCAACAAUCAUGAUUUAUCCCGAUCGUCAUCGCGCGCGUCAACAGCCAUUGCAUCCAAGUAUACAAGACUAUCGGAUCAAACUGAAGAACAACUAGCGAUUGUCAACUCACAACUGUAUGAUACUCACCACCCACCUCUUGAGCUCAAGAGGUAUUUUCGCGAAGAUGAAUUGGAGACGAUUGAGCUGUUGAACGAGGACACUGCCAGUGUGAAAGACGCACGACCUGGCUCGACACGACAUGAAGGCACAAGUGACUAUGGUUUAAAGUGUACUGACGAAGCAAGGCUUUCCUCGACUCCUUGUUUUAAAAGGUCAAGUCGCCCCACAACUGCAUCCAGCUACACUCACUCUGUGCAAUGGCAGCUCAAGUGA